AUGAAUAGCACAAGCUUUCAACAAAACAUAGUUUAUCCUAUUCCGGACUCUGAUAUACCGACAAUUCAAGCAAAAGUUGAAACUGUCUACAAAACCAACAUCGAGCCAUAUAUUCUUGGUGUUGGCGAACACAUACAGGAAAAUCUUCGAGAGAUACAAACAAUGAUAUACAUUAUCGACCAUUAUGGUGAACAUAAUAAAGAAAUCGAUCCUGUAGUUUUAGACGCACUAUUUCAGCAAGUGGCCAAUUCAAUUGAGAAACUCGGCAUUCCUACUGAUGUUUGCAUGAAACUCUUAGAAGAUUUGAAAGAGUUUGCUGUGAUUGAGACUAGUGCCCGACAUGGCAAGAGCUUCGCUGAUUACGAUCUAAAAUACUUCUAUCACAAGAAAAGUGCCGAUGUUCGAAUGCAUCGACAUUUUAUACGAUAUUUGAAUGGUGAAAAGCCUGAAUCAACAGAGCAUGAAGUUAUCCAGGAUAUAUUAGAAGAUAUCUAUGAUGAUUUCGAAGAUCUCGAGGAAGAUAAAAACGCGAUGUUCAAUGGAAAUCGACUUCUUAGCGUUAUACGCGAACACGAUGUAAAGAAAUUGAAAGAGUAUAUAUUGUUUACAGAGCCUUACCUGGUAUCACACCCUGAAAUAGCAAUGAAGGUAAUAGAUGGAAUCAAAAACUUGCUCGAAAACAACGCCCAUAAUGUUACAGAUUAA